AUGUGCUACUUCCUCACCGGCCUGGCCAAUGAGACUUUAAGAGUAAAACUUGGAGAGGAGGCUCCAGCCACCUUCGCCGAAGUAUUGCAGAAGGCGAAAAAAGUCAUUGAUGGACAGGAGCUCCUCCGAACCAAAACUAGUCGACCUGAGAAGUGGAUCGACCAGAAGAAAUUGAACCAGGAGACGAAGAGGCCUAAUGUCAAGUCCAAGGAUAAGGGACCAUCCUCUUCCAGUAGCCGAAUUGAGUAUCGCAGGUCGGACGGUGGCCCCAACCGAAGCCGACCUUACGAACGUUAUACCCCGACCACCAUCCCAAUCUCURAAAUACUUACAAAYAUUGAGGARACUGGGAUGGAAAAGCUCCUYAAGCGACCYKAGAAGCUCCGRGGAGAYCYAGAAAARYGCAACAAAGAUAAGUAYUGCCGUUUUCAUCGCGAUCACGGCCACAAUACGUCAAGUUGCUGGGAGUUAAAACGCCAGAUUGAAGACCUCAUUCAAGACGRCUACUUCAAAAAAUUCGUGGGCAAACCGAGGUCUAACUSGRUYGAAAAGAAAGAAGAGAGGAAGCGUUCAAGAACGCCGCCUCGCYGRGAUGACCGACCUGMGGUCAUCAACACUAUUUUCGGAGGUCCGAGYGGGGGCCAGUCCGGAAACAAGAGGAAGGAGCUAGCUCGCGAGGCCAGGCGCGAGGUAUGCAUCAUCAGGGAGCAGAAGCCCACUUGCUCCAUCACUUUCGGSGAUGCCGACCUGGAGGGAGUCCACUUGCCUCACAACGAUGCACUGGUGAUCGCCCCUCUGAUUGAUCACGUCCUGGUCCGAAGAGUAUUGGUCGAUGGAGGCGCAUCUGCCAACAUCUUGUCCCUCCCAACAUAUCUAGCAUUGGGAUGGACCAGGUCACAAUUGAAGAAGAGUCCAACACCCUUGGUUGGAUUCUCUAGAGAAUCGGUCUCCCCAGAAGGGUGCAUUGACCUGCCGAUAACUAUCGGGCAAGAUUCUACCCAAGUAACGCAGAUGGCCGAGUUCGUGGUAAUCGACGGCAGAUCGGCCUACAACGCCAUUUUUGGGAGACCCAUUAUCCACUCAUUUCGGGCUGUCCCUUCCACAUUGCAUCAAGUCUUGAAGUACUCAACCCCGAAUGGAGUGGGCAUGGUCCGAGAGAGCAAAAAACCUCGCGGGAGUGUUAUGCAUCCGCGCUUAAAGGGUCGGCGGUAUGCGUCCUGGAAGAGCAAACCAAUCGUGGCAAGCUGCAAGAGUCCGAAGCAGACCUGCCAAAGGAAGGUAAAAGGCAAUUCUCCCCGCCAACAAAAGAACUCGAGCUUGUUCCUUUACUCAGCCCUGAAAGACAAGUAA